GGACUGAGCGCCAACCGGCUGCGGGGAUGGGGCCGCCGCUCCCGCUUUUGCUGCUGCUGCUGCUGCCGCCGCCACUGCCUCGCGCUCUGCCCGCCCCCGCGUCUGCCCGCGGCCGGCAGCUCCCGGGGCGCCUGGGAUGCUUGUUUGAAGAUGGCUUGUGUGGAUCACUGGAGACCUGUGUGAAUGAUGGUGUGUUUGGAAGAUGCCAAAAGGUUCCGGCGAUGGACACUUACCGAUAUGAAGUGUCACCAGGAGCCCUGCUGCACCUGAGGGUCACCUUACAGAAGCUCUCCCGUACAGGUUUCACGUGGCAAGAUGACUAUACCCAGCAUGUGAUCGCCCAGGAGCUUGCAAACCUCCCCAAGGUCUACCUAUGGAAUGGGGAAGCUUCCAGCCCAGCCAGGUCCUUACAACAGAAUGCAGACAAUAAAAAGUGGUUCAGUCUGGAGAACGAGGUGGCCCUGGCCAAGACCAUUCGGCGCUUUCUGCCCUACCUGGAGCUUCUGUCCCAGGCCCCAACGGCAAAUGCACACCCCAGGAUAGACCAUGAGACUCAUCCAGCCAAGGGUGAGGACUCUUCCCCUGAGAACAUCCUGACCUACGUGGCCCACACAUCUGCACUGACCUAUCCUCCUGCAACCCAGGUCAAGUAUCCUGAUAACCUGAGGCCCCUUAGCUGGCUCCAGCCAGAUGAGCUCAGCCCCAAGGUAGACAACGACAUAGACAAACAAAAGCUGAUUGCAGCACUGGGCACCUACACUGCUCAGAGGCUUCCUGGAGAAAAUGACCCAGAGCCACAGUACCUUGUACAUAGUCCUGUGAGAGCACCAAGGCCCUUCUCAGCUUUGUCUCAGAGAUGGCCCCCACGUCCUGGAGACUCCAAAGACUCCCUGAGCAUGGAUGAUGACACACUCCUGCAGAGUCUCCUGAAGGAUCUGCAGCAGCAGGCUGAAGUGGACCGCCUGGACCCUCUGAAGUUGAGGCAGAAGGCAGACUCAGUGGCUGGAACCAUACAAAAUGAUCCUGCAGAGGGAAGCCAAGAAAGCCAUGGAAGAGGGGCUGAGGGACAGCCGGGAGAGCAGGCAGAUGCUCCAGAGGCAAUGCUUCAAGAUCACAGACUAUCAGAGAUGGAUGACCCAGUGUCCAAGGAGGUCAACCAUCUGAGCUUCCAGCGUGGGAACCUCUUGAAAGAUUACGGGUCUCCUCUAUUACCUGAAGCUCCCCUUCUGGAAAAAUCCUCCAGAGAAGAGAUGAAGAAGUCAGAGCAGCCUGAGGAAGUCUUGUCUUCAGAAGAGGAGACUGCUGGGGUAGAGCAUGUGAAGAGCCGGACUUACUCCAAAGAACUAUUUGAAAGGAAGCUGAACUCAGAGCUCCAGCCCAGGAGGCUUGAGGAUCAAUUUCAAAACCGAACUCCAGAGGAGUGGGAGGAUGAACAAAGCCUCGAGUUGGCAGCACAGGAACCCCCUAGUGGAGGCCUACAGCUGGAAGUGCAGCCUUCUGAGGAGGAACAGCAGGGAUACAUCCUCACAGGAAACAACCCUCUAAGUCCAGAGAAGGGGAAACAGCUGAUGGAUGAAGUUGCCCACAUCCUCCAGGUACCUUCCAGCCUCUUUGCAGAUGUCAAAGUUUUGGGACCAGCAGUGACCUUCAAAGUGAGUGCCAACAUCCAAAACAUGACAACAGCAGAUGUCACCAAGGCUGCAGUUGACAAAAAAGACCAGCUGGAGAAGGCAACUGGACUGACAGUCCUUCAAAGCGGAAUCGGGCCGAAAGGAAAGCUCAAGCUCCUGCCCCAUCAGGAAGAGCAAGAGGACUCUACCAAGUUCAUUGUGCUCACCUUCCUCUCCAUUGCCUGCAUCCUGGGUGUUCUCCUGGCUUCCAGCCUUGCCUAUUGCUUCCGUCACAACUCUCACUACAAGCUGAAGGACAAAUUGUCUGGGCUAGGAGCUGACCCCAGUGCAGAUGCUACUGAAGCCUACCAGGAGCUAUGCCGCCAGCGUAUGGCUGUUCGGCCACAGGAUCGCUCUGAGGGACCACAUACAUCCCGCAUCAACAGUGUCUCAUCCCAGUUCAGUGAUGGGCCUAUGCCUAGUCCUUCAGCUCGGAGCAGCACUUCAUCCUGGUCUGAGGAACCUGUCCAGUCUAACAUGGACAUCUCUACUGGCCACAUGAUCCUGGCCUACAUGGAAGACCAUCUGAAGAACAAGAACCGACUGGAGAAGGAGUGGGAGGCACUGUGCGCCUACCAAGCAGAGCCCAACAGCUCGCUUGUGGCCCAGAGAGAGGAGAAUGCACCCAAGAACCGAUCCCUGGCUGUGCUGACCUAUGAUCACUCCAGGAUCCUGUUAAAGUCUGAGAACAGCCAUAGCAAUUCCGACUACAUCAAUGCCAGCCCCAUUAUGGACCAUGACCCACGAAACCCUGCAUACAUUGCCACCCAGGGCCCACUUCCCGCCACAGUGGCCGACUUCUGGCAGAUGGUGUGGGAAAGCGGCUGUGCUGUCAUUGUCAUGCUAACACCCCUCUCAGAGAACGGCGUCCGUCAGUGCCAUCACUACUGGCCUGAUGAAGGCUCCAACCUCUACCAUGUCUAUGAGGUCAAUCUAGUCUCUGAGCACAUAUGGUGCCAGGAUUUCCUGGUGAGAAGCUUUUACCUGAAGAACCUGCAAACCAACGAGACUCGCACGGUGACCCAGUUCCACUUCCUGAGUUGGUAUGACCAGGGAGUCCCUUCCUCCACGAGGUCACUCCUGGAUUUCCGCAGAAAGGUGAACAAAUGCUACAGAGGCCGCUCUUGUCCGAUAAUUGUCCAUUGCAGUGACGGCGCUGGCAGGAGUGGAACCUACGUCCUGAUUGACAUGGUUCUCAAUAAGAUGGCCAAAGGUGCUAAAGAGAUUGAUAUCGCAGCGACCCUGGAGCACUUGAGGGACCAGAGACCAGGCAUGGUCCAGACAAAGGAGCAGUUUGAGUUUGCGUUGACAGCUGUGGCUGAGGAGGUGAAUGCCAUUCUGAAGGCCCUUCCCCAGUAGGCGCUGAAGCUGGAGCUGACCAGAACCCACCAUGAGUGCUUCCAGGACCGUAACAGGAUAUCAUUUCCGCAUCUUCUGUGUAGUGACAGGGUCCUUCGGGCUCCACAGUCAGUGCAGGUGGCUAGUCGUGGGUACUUCUGAGUAACCAAAGAGCACAUGUGUGGAAACACCCGGUUAGGAAGGAAGGAAAGACUUACUCUAUCACAGUCUUGACAAAAUUCCUUUUCCCUAAAGCACACUUUGACAUUGUCACAUCAACGACACAGUAAUUAGAAACCCACUGUGGCCUCCUUGGGAGUGUGCUAAUGUCUGUAAAUUGCUGGAGAGGGGGUAGAUGGGCCAGGACACCCAGCAAGACACCUGUUGGGAAGCAUCAGGUGUAGAAUCACAUUUGGUGUUUGCCUGUAAGACAAUCUCAUCAUCAGAGGAAACCUUUAAGGAAAAUAUCAGUGUCCUGUACCCUUGGGGCAAAUCCCAAGGGUAUUAUGAUGGAAUUUGCCUGUUACUACUGUGUGUACUCUCAGCAUACCAGCUGACUGUGCCCACCAUAUGUAAAUUCGAAGGACAAUAAAAAAAAAGUGUUUCCCAAGGAUAGACCAUAGUAGAGCAGUAGACCUUAACCCUCCUGAAGUAUAGGUAUUGUAUGUGUUCCAGAAGCAAGGACCCAGGUGGUAGCCUCACCUUUGCAAAGCUAUAGAGGAACCUGACCCUCGGUACAGUUUUAAUAUUAGGAUUCCGUUUUCUGCAUUUCAAGAACAGGCACCUAUAGUAUACUUUUGUUGAAGUUACACAACCAGAAUGAGUAUGGUUAUUUAGCAAGUUCCAAGGGUCCCCAGUGUUAGUGUUUCCCAUUCAGCAUCCCCAGGAAGCACCCUAAUGGUCCUGAAAGUUUCUGAUCAUCCUACUCCUGGAAAGAAGUCUGGGAAGCCCCUUUUGCUUUGCCUUCUAAAUCCUCCCAGAACACUUAGUGAAACACAUUCUUACUGGAUGAUCCAAUUUGCCAAAACAUUUGGGCAUUGUGCUUACCACUUGCCCACACAUAGGAAGUCCACUUCAACAAGUGCAAAGUACUGGCACCCAGAGAGGUAGAAGACAUUGCUGUAAGUCCCAGUCGGUUUGUAGGGUUGAGUGUGGAAAAGCCCAUCUCCUGUGUCCCCAUUGCUCCUUCCCUUUAGCCUUGACAUUUCAAGUUGCGGUGUGUAACAGAGGUGGCUGCUGAGCGGGAAGUGAUGCUACAGUGUGUCAUGUCUCUAGUUGUAUUGUAUACCUGCUUAACAUCUGCGACAUUUCUCUCCCAAGUCAUUUCCCCCUUCCCAGAAUUUAAACGAUAAUUAAUAGAAAUGAAUCUAUCUGAAUAUAGAAAGCAUAUACUUAAUUGUAACUUCUUAUGUUUAAAGGAAAAUCUUCAGUGUGAUAUACAGAUAUAUUUAAUUGUGUCAUAUUAAACCUUCUGAUUUCA